AAUGAUACGACUUCACAUUCACUGAAACACUUCUGGUCUAGAGAAGUCUGCUUCUCUAUCCAAUUCAUCUUCCAGAGAAGGAGUGAGAAUGGAUCCUUCCGUUGCUACGCUCAGACGAGAGUUCAGAGUUUGUGUUGCCCAAACUCAUCCAGCAAACUCCAGUCGAUCUUCUCCUCUUCAACGGUCACUUUUCAUGCCCAAUAAUGUAAUUCAAAUAUCAAAAACCAAACACAUCUCUACUGCAAUUAAUACCGGGAGACGGGUUCAUUAUAAAAUCCCCGUCGUUUGCUCGGCGGAGAGAGAUUCUCCUGCAAAGCUGCUUAGGCAGAUUCUUGAGUUGCCGGGUGUUCAUCAAGGCCCUGCUUGUUUCGAUGCUCUCAGUGCUAAGCUUGUGGAAAAAGCCGGCUUUCUGUACUGUUUUACCAGCGGAUUUUCCAUAUCAGCAGCCCGAUUGGCAUUGCCAGAUACAGGACUUAUUUCAUAUGGGGAAAUGAUAGAUCAAGGGCAGCAGAUUACUCAAGCUGUAUCUAUUCCUGUCAUUGGAGAUGGUGAUAAUGGAUAUGGUAAUGCAAUGAAUGUCAAGAGAACUGUCAUGGGAUAUAUUAAAGUCGGCUUUGCAGGGAUCAUUCUUGAAGAUCAGGUAUCUCCAAAAGCUUGUGGUCAUACCCGUGGCAGGAAAGUGGUGUCUAGAGAGGAAGCAGUCAUGCGGAUAAAAGCAGCUGUUGAUGCUCGAAAAGAAUGUGGCUGCGACAUCGUAAUUGUGGCACGAACUGAUUCUCGUCAAGCAGUGUCAUUGGAUGAAUCACUCUGGAGGUCACGUGCUUUUGCUGAUGCAGGAGCAGAUGUUCUCUUUAUUGAUGCACUAGCUUCCAAAGAAGAGAUGAAGGAAUUCUGUGAAAUCUCUCCACUAGUUCCAAAAAUGGCCAAUAUGCUGGAAGGUGGGGGUAAAACACCGAUACUUAAUCCUCUGGAGCUUGAGGAUAUUGGCUAUAAACUUGUGGCAUAUCCGUUAUCCUUGAUUGGAGUAUCUAUUCGAGCAAUGCAGGACUCUCUAAUGGCCAUUAAAGGAGGCCGCAUUCCUCCCCCUGGAAGCAUGCCAUCUUUUGAAGAGAUAAAGGAGAUCUUAGGUUUCAAUACCUACUAUGAAGAAGAAAAACGAUAUGCUACAAGCUCCACUCAGCUUUCAUCAGAUAGAGGUGGGUGAUUAGUAGGUCUCUUAAGUUUCUUCAUCAAUCAAACAUUGACCAACAAUUAUAUUUACUUUCACAUGAAGUGGUUUACAUCAAGUUAAAAAUUUCAUUUUGGCAUAUGCAUGCAGGUUUGUAGUCCUUUUGCCUGGACAUAUUAUCAGCGUGAAAUAAUGAUAGCUUUUAGGUUGAAUACUUCAUUUGACUAU